AUGUUGAGGAUUAUGAGGAACAAACUUGAUGCUCCAGUCUUUACUUCUCCGUUUCUAAAGCCUGCAGGAUUAGCGUUGAGAAGUUAUUCCUCUUCAGCUAAGCAGAUGACUGUAAGAGAAGCUUUAAAUUCUGCUCUUGAUGAGGAAAUGUCCGCAGAUCACAACGUUUUCCUGAUGGGUGAAGAGGUUGGGGAAUAUCAAGGUGCCUACAAGGUUUCCAAAGGACUCCUGCAGAAGUUUGGUCCUGAAAGGGUUGUUGAUACACCAAUCACGGAGGCUGGCUUUACAGGGAUUGGAGUUGGUGCUGCAUUUUAUGGACUCAGACCUGUUGUUGAGUUUAUGACAUUUAAUUUUGCAAUGCAGGCAAUUGAUCACAUUAUUAACUCUGCUGCUAAGACAAACUACAUGUCUGCUGGCAAUAUUAAUGUGCCUAUUGUUUUUAGGGGGCCAAAUGGUGCGGCUGCUGGUGUUGGAGCCCAGCACUCCCAGUGUUAUGCAGCUUGGUAUGGCUCAUGCCCUGGAUUGAAAGUGCUGAUCCCAUAUUCGUCUGAAGAUGCUCGUGGACUUCUUAAAGCUGCCAUUAGAGACCCUGAUCCUGUUGUUUUCCUUGAAAAUGAACUGUUGUAUGGUGAAGCUUUCCCUGUUUCAGCUGAAGUUCUUGAUUCUAGAUUUUGCAUCCCUAUAGGGAAAGCUAAAAUUGAGAGAGAAGGAAAACAUGUAACUAUUACGGCUUUUUCAAAGAUGGUGGGCUUUUCUCUCAAGGCUGCUGAGACACUUGCAAAGGAUGGGAUAGAUGCUGAGGUCAUAAAUCUGCGCUCAAUUAGGCCACUUGAUAGACCCACAAUUAAUGCUUCAGUUAGGAAAACAAAUAGGUUGGUAACUGUCGAAGAAGGGUUUCCUCAACAUGGAGUUGGCGCUGAAAUCUGCGCCUCAAUUGUUGAGGAUAGCUUUGGCUAUCUCGAUUCUCCAGUUGAGAGAAUUGCUGGAGCAGAUGUCCCCAUGCCUUAUGCUGCUAAUCUCGAGAGAAUGGCUCUUCCGCAGGUGGAAGAUAUUAUUUCUUUGGAGAAUAUUUUAAAAGACGUGGAUGAAAAUCAAGGGGCUCCGACUUCUAACGAAGAUCAAACGCCAAUGAUGCCACUAGGAGUUGAAAGUAAUCUAGGGGAUGCCUUUCAUGAAACUGAGACUUGGCAAUUGAAUGGAGCUAGUGGACUUCAGGUUUGGGAAGAAGUUUUCUGGUGA